AUGAUGGCCGUUCAUGCAGUCAACGAAUCUCCCAUGGCAGCAAUUAUGUCAAUAUCACCGGGACGUAGACGAUGCACGGAGUCAGGUACCUCGUCGGAACGGAUGCUUAAAUUUUGUAGCUCUGCCCUUGUCAUCUGCCACUUCGUAUUCCCGAUUUUUGCCCAACAACAAGCCAUUGAUGAACUUUUGCGUUUGUCCGGCAUCCAGCGGGAACCCUUUACUCCUGUGAAUGCUCGCGGCAGCCAUUUGCCAAUUUAUACUAACUUCGAAAAUCUCCGCGAUAUUUACAGCGUCUUCCGGGGCAGUCUGGUAAAUCGCAAUGAAAAGGCGAAUUUGGAACUGAAUCGUCAAAGGGGAAAGUUGCAAAAGAAAAUACAAAAGUCGCAAAAAUUCCCCUGCCCGCUGAAUGGAACCCGCUCGGCGGAGGUACCCGACUCCGUGCAUCGUCUACGUCCCGGUGAUAUUGACAUAAUUGCUGCCAUGGGAGAUUCGUUGACUGCAGGAACAGCCAUCAUGUCGGAAAGCCUUCUGGAUGAUAUUGCCGAAUAUCGUGGUGUGGUGUCCACAGGUGGUGGUCUGCGAGAUUGGAGAACCUUUCUCACCCUGCCGAAUAUUAUUAAGGUAUUUAAUCCCCAACUCUAUGGCUAUGCCAUUGGCAAUGUGGUGUCCCGUGAAAGGGCUUCACGUUUUAAUGUUGGCGAAGGUAGUGCCUUGACCUUGGAUAUGCCAUACCAGGCAAGGGUUUUGAUUCGGCGCCUCGAAAGGGAUCCCAAGGUGGAUAUGUCGAAGCAUUGGAAACUCAUUACCCUCUUCAUCGGGGGCAAUGAUGUCUGCUUUGAUAUGUGUUAUUAUCGGACAAUGGAGGAAUUUUAUCAGGUGCAUCGUCGUAGCCUUUACAAGACUUUGGAAAUUCUCAAGGCCCACAUACCACGGGCCUUGGUGAAUGUAAUGUCCACACCGAAUAUUCCGGAUAUAGUAAAGGGGAUAAAUAACCUGCCAUUGGCAUGUGAGGCAACGCAUAUUUUUGCCUGCCAUUGUAUAGUAAGAAGGAAACAUGAUCCCCAGCAAUUACAGGACCUAUCGAAGGCGGUACGAAAGGUUCAAGAAAUCGAUGAAGAGGUUGCUAAUUUGCCGGAAUUUCAAAGUGACGACUUUGCGGUGGUCUAUCAGCCAUUAAUGCGAAAUUGGUAUACUCCAACGAAUCGGAAAGGAAAUACCGAUUAUCGAUAUUUUGGUCCUGACUGUUUUCAUCUGAGUCAAUUGGGUCACGCCGCGGUGGCCAAUAUGCUGUGGAAUAAUAUGUUGCAGCCCGUGGGAGCCAAGGAUGACAGCUUUCAUCCAAAGGCCUUUGAGGUCUUUGAAUGUCCCAGUGAAGAGCGACCAUAUUUGGCCACAAGGGGGAAUAGUGGAAAAAUAUAA